CGGGAACAAUGUUUGCUGAUUUGCUGUUCAUUUCUUUACAUUAUAAUCUUUAAAAAGUGUCGUUUUAUUAGGUCUAAUUUGUUCUAAACCAAAAUGGCCGAAAGAUCAAAUAAAAAAUCUACUUCAUCAAUUGAAAGCUAUUCUAUAACUACUAAACGUGUUGAGAAUUCCUGGAUUCUUCUGAUUAAAGAUGAAUUAUUUGAAAACGACAACUUCAACAUUAUUACUCUACCCCAUCCGGGCCACGGCGAAGACAUGAAGUACUGUUUAGAUGACGCUAACGACAAAAUUUAUGAAAUAGUCUCUUUCAGUGAACCACAUAGAUCUUGGUUUAUUGGAGAAACCGUAAAAUCAGACGGCAGCGUUAUGAUGGUUACACCAGUAAAUCCCCUUUUUCUAGUACUACCAAGACUAAGAGAACAAUGUACAAAGAGAGCAAUACCUCUACAGGAUCUGCUCUCUGAAAAGGGAUUUGAUAAGAUUAUAGAUUUCGUCCCUAGCUUGAUUAACAUAGCAGACUUGAAGGGACCGGCAGACAUGAAAGCCUACAAAUACAAUGAAGAAAAAACCUUAACAUGGCUUGAAGGACGAGUACAAAGUUUAGCCAAAGUGCUAAGAGAGAAGAACAUUCAUGUCACCUCUGGGGCUAUCUCGGCCUCUUUUGUGGCUAGUAAUAUAAAAAAUGACCAAAUUGAGGAAGAAUUUUAUCUAAAAUAUGCUCACGGAAUGAUAUCUGAAUAUCUGCCAGAAGAUCUUGCAGAUUUAUUACAAAAAAGAUUCAAAUUUAAACUUGAACUAAUAGAAUCCCUUGGAAAGAAAAGAAAGUCUGAAGCAGGUGAACAAAAUGAAAAAAAGAAAAUAAAAUGUGAAACUUUUGAAAAUAGCUUUGAAGAUAAUAGUCCAAUUAAUAUUGUUGAUGUGAAAAAGCAAAAACACUUAAGUGCAAAAGAAAAGGCCAGACUCAAAGCAGCUAGUGGAACUAAAACAUUGUCAGCAUUUUUUACUAAGAAAUAAUUGUGUGCGAAACCAAUGAUGUUAUUUAAUGUAUGAUGUUCUUAAGUUUUUAGAUCAAAUGAAAUGAUAUUAUUGUGAACUACCAAGAAAAUAAUCUCAAUAUAAGUACCAAUAUUACGCUAAAAAGUAUUUAAUGAAGCAAGGCACUCGAAUCUACAACUCGGGAAGGACUACUGUUAGGUAAUUUUCUGAAAAAUUGGAAAAAUACUAUUUGAAGGCUCAUAUGUUCUGUAAAGACUUGAAGUUUAUUUAGCUUGAAUUAUAAAAUAAAAUUGU